AUGUUUGGUUGUCAGAGCGAAGUGGGGGCUGGAAUGUGGGGUUCAGCGGUCCAACAAGAGGACUGUUUGCUUUCUAUGGAGAGGAGGAGGAACGAGGAGGAGAGAGACUAUCUACCAACUUUUCCAGAUCAUCUAUAAUCGCUUCAACGCUCCAAUAAAGUCGUGUCGCUCCUAGCCAUUGCUUAAUGGUGGAAUAGCCGAAUGGGUUGCUCCACAAAAGUUAUGCCCAAUUGCUCUGCAGUCGAAAAGCAGGCUUGGUCGUUCUGACUGCCAGUGGGCGCUGCAAUAUACUUGACGCCACUUCGAGCGACUCUGAACACAUUGUCCGUGAACGGAAAGAACGCAUCGCUCGAGACAGCAACCUCACUAAGCUUGCUCAACCAUGCUUGUCGUUCUUCAGCCGUGAAUGGUGUUGGCACCUCUUCAAAGUUCUUCUCCCAUUCGGAUCGCUCAAUUCCACUUUCUGGGACGAUUCCGGAGCAAAGCAGAUCGAUGGCGUUCGAUUUAUCUGCACGCUUGGUGCCCUUCUUCCACUUGAUGCCAGUCGUUCGCUCGUGGAAACGCAUCCACCAGUUGUCUGCCUUGUCGCCAGCCAGACGUGUGCAAUGAAUUCGGGAUUGUUGGCCUGCUCCAAGACCGAUAACUUGGCCGUUAAGUGCGUAACACACAGAGUUUGAUUGUGUGAACUUGAGCGCAAUCGUCGCCACAGUCAGAUCGCGCAGCGCAGGCUCAGGCAACGGGUUCGACUCUUUGGGUACAAUGAUUGAGUUGAAUGUGUUGCUAGGAGAGAUCAGAGCAUCGUUCCGGUUCUGCGUCAGAGUGAUGCCGUAAAUUGUGCGCUGUUCCUGAGGAGGUGGCGUAUACGCCUUGUCCAUUUG